AUGUGCCGCGCGCUGGGCGCGCGCGUCCCGCCUCGCGCGUCGCGCGCGUCGCGUCGCGUCGACCGCGGUCCGGCGCCGCGGCGCGCGGUCGAGCGCGUGGACGUCGCGCUGAAGGAGUGGGCGUUCGUCGUCGACGCGCUGCGACGCGGCGAACAAAUCGCGCUCGCGCGCAAGGGAGGCCUCCGCGACGCGCGCGGGUUCGAGCUGCGCGCGGACGCGUUCUGGUUGUUUCCGACGGCGUUUCACGCGGAUCUAUCGGCGUACGCGCGCGCGGCGGGGACGGCGAGCGCGCCGAAGGCGCUGGACGCGCUCGCGGCGGCGACGGGAACGUUUGAGGUGCGCGCGGAGGACGCGCCGAAGGCGCUGAGGGUCCUCAGCGCGCGAUCGGGCUGGCCGGAAGAUUUGUUCGCGCGGCGGGCGAAUUGGAAACCGGACGCGCCGUUGGUGAUUUUGGAGGUUCGAUGCUACGAGGCGCGGGAGGGGCUGACGAUCGAUCCCGACGACGAGCGGUACGGGGGGUGCAAGUCGUGGGUCGACACCGACGCGUGGGUCGUCGACGACGCGUCCGCGCUGCGCGCGUGCGUUUCGGACGAGGAGUUUGAGGCGAUGUCGAGGUCGUUGCGCGAGGAUUUGUUCGCGAUAGGCGCGACGCAGACGUCGUGA